ACGUGACUCCUACGUCACCACUACCAGGUGCAGCUCCAUUCUAGACGCGGCCGAGCACCGAGUGAGGGAGCGAGUAGACAGUUCGCGGCGUCGUGGGACACGGCUCACGUCGGGAAGAUGGUACGUGAAGAAACCAUUACUGUUCCUGAAAGGAUCUGUUAAACGGUAGAUCGUCAUUUUACCUGAGAAAAAUAAUUGUCCCUCAUACAGAAUGGCAGCAGGCCCACCGCAAAGUGGGGGAGCCGUAGGCCCAUCGGGACCCCCUACAGUGACAAGCCAGUGGAAUCCGGCAUCUCUUGCGGUGGCUGUAUGGGAAUGGCAAGAUGAACUUGGUAAAUGGAGACCAUACAGCAGUAAAGUAAGCAACUAUAUUGAGCAAUGUAUGCAGUCUUACCAGCAGCAGAAAAAUGCCCGCGCUCUUGGGAACAGCAAUAGUAUCGCACUAGGACAAGCUGAUCCAAAGCUGGCGGCGUACAUUAUCGAUAUCGCAACCCUUGCACAGUUUCGCCAAGACACAGGAACCAUGCGGUAUGUAAGAAAAAGCCUUUAUUCACUAAACUCUGCACCAGCCAAGGGAAUUUGUUGGGAGUGGUUGAAUGACGAUGGCCGUUGGACAGCUUAUGAAACACAAAUUUGUAUGUUUCUAGAGGAAAACUUUAGCAAUGGCAAUCCAACCGUAGAUCUUGGAAUAUUUGGACUCUGCUAUCAUGUUGACUUUCUCACACUCAUUCAGACAAAUCAAGUGACUGGUUUUCGACGGCAAGUCCAGAGACGUCUCGAUACACCUUAUCCAGUAACUACAAAGGUGGGACCCGCACAUAAAUCUUCUGCCUGUGCUUGCCACCAGUGUCUUGCAAGUAGCGGUGCAGGACCUAUUCCCGUUCGGUAUAGACACUCAAUGAUUAACUUGUCUGCUUCCUCUAAUUACCCAAACGCCAGUCGGACAUCAAACAGUAGUACUAGUUACCUACCUUAUCCAAAACCAACAAUAACUAGUGCAAAAUCUGCACCAAAGCUCAACAACACUUGGUUACCCCCAUCAACAUCAAUGCAAUUUCCUGGUCCCUCUUCUGCCAACGGAAUGCAAUUUCCUGGUCCCUCUUCUGCCAACAGAAUGCAAUUUCCUGGUCCCUCUUCUGCCAACGGAAUGCAAUUUCCUGGUCCCUCUUCUUCUGCCAACGGAAUGCAAUUUCCUGGUCCCUCUUCUGCCAACGGAAUGCAAUUUCAUGGGCCUCCACCUCCUAAUGGAAUAAGCAUGCCGUCCCUUCCUGUACAGGUUGCGAAGAACAGUUCCUUGAAGCAGGCUCUUGCAGGCAUGACGGCUAUUCUGAUGUCUUCGGCUGGGCUCCCCGUACGUCUUACUUCUGCAUCCGCACCCGCCAACCCACACGUGGCCAGUAAACGUGAUAAAAACUCAGUUAGGAGAUUGAGGAAAAUGCCAAAGAAAGCAGGAAUUCCUUGUGGCCCAGAACAAGUUGUGAAGAAAUACAUGGAAAACAUCCAGAAACCACCAGAAGAGGACUGUAUUAUAUGCAUGGAAACGCUGACUUCUGCGUCUGGGUACAGUGAGUCUUCACAAUGCAAAAACAUCAAGGAUACUGCUGUAGGGAAACUGAAGAAGUGUGGCCACGUUUUCCAUCAGCUUUGUAUGUUAGAAAUGUAUAACAGCGGGAACAAGGAUGGAAGUUUGCAAUGUCCAGCUUGCAAGACAAUAUAUGGUGAAAAGACUGGAACCCAGCCAAAAGGAAAAAUGGACAUUUUUCUGAUCCCUCAGUCUUUGCCUAGUAAUCAAGAUUGUGGCACAAUCCACCUUGUGUAUACCAUUAAUCCUGGAAUACAGGGACCUGAACAUCCUAACCCAGGAAAGCAGUUUACGGCAAGGGGCUUCCCUCGUCAUUGCUAUCUCCCAGACAGUCCCAAAGGGAGACUGGUAUUGGCGCUUUUAAAAUUGGCCUGGGCUAGACGCCUGAUUUUUACUAUUGGGGUUUCCAGCACAACAGGUGAAUCGGACACUGUAGUAUGGAAUGAAAUCCAUCACAAGACAGAAAUGAACUCAAACAUAUCAGGACAUGGUUACCCUGACCCAAACUACCUAGACAAUGUCAUUGCAGAACUUGCUGCUCAAGGGGUCACAGAAGACUGCUUAAAUAUGUAAAUGACUCGCUGGCUGCCUUCAGUUGUGGGAGGUUUUUCUGUUCAUGUAUAUGAUGCCUUAAAGAUUUGGUUUAAGUUAGCAUUAUAUUUUUGGUAAAGCAAUACGUAUCUAAAAGAGGUUUACAAAAAUGCUGGGGAAACCAUGUCUCGCUUUGUACAAGACUGGCCUGUGAAGUCAAAGUGCCAACCCUGCUGGACAGGGACCAGCCAGUAUAAAUGUUCCGCCAUGUCUUUUCCCUGCCUAUGUGUAACAUUAUUCAGUAGUCAUUACAUAUACGAAAAUCAGAAGCAAAUUCAAAUGCAAUAUUAGCAUGGUUUUGUUUUGAUGUUUCUACAUGGUACUUGGCAGAUUUGAUAUAAUUCAGUCUUGGAUGGGUAAGAGAGAGCUGGAUUAUAAACCCCCCUCAGAGCCGGAGCUGAAGAUUAGCUUGUGAUGCCAUUGGCUUGCUACUCUUUUUAAGUCACUGAAAUGGAAAUGAUAUUUAGUUAUUUUAUAUUAAAAGUCUAUGUAAAUCAAACUGCAAAAAAUGUAUGCAUAUUGUUGGUGAAUUACAGUGAAACCCCUACAACAGACCACCCACAUGGAGGACCACGUUUCAAUGCAGUUUUCGGUGGUCGUCUCAAAGGAUUUUCACUGUAUAUCAGUCUAACAGCAGCACAUAAGAAGCAACUUGUUUCUUUACCAACAGCAUUUUUUAAUGAAAAAAUAUAUACUUAUGUAUUACGUAAUAAAAUUUUUAUGUUAA